CCACUACAUUACAAUAUUCAUGGCUGCUUAUUCUUCUUCUUUAACAGUUCUUCUUCUUCUUCUUCAUGUGACUGCUAUGUCCAUGAUUUCAAUGGGUGUAGCAGGAUCCUAUGGUCAAAGCCACCGCUACAAAGCAAUAUACAGCUUCGGAGAUUCCCUGGCCGACACCGGAAACUUGUAUUAUGAGACUGAAAAGCUUUCGGCAUCACGUACUUCAUGCUUACACCUUCCUUAUGGAGAAACUUAUUUUCAUCGCCCAACUGGAAGGUGCUCCGACGGCCGUCUUAUCGUUGAUUUUCUUGGUAAAGAACUAACAACUAAGAUGGGGCUACCACUGCUGAAACCGUAUCUAGGAAUCAAGAAUGGGAAGAUAAAAAAAGAUUGGAAGGCAAGAGAGGGAGUGAACUUUGCGGUUGCAGGUGCCACUGCCUUGAAUUCAAGCUUCUUCAUAGAGAGGGGUAUCCUUAAUAUUGCCACCAACUAUUCCCUUGCCGUCCAGUUAGAUUGGUUCAAACACUUGCUCCCUUCAAUUUGUAAUUCUUCUUCAGACUGUAAAAAAGUUCUUGGGAGCUCUUUGUUUCUUGUGGGGGAGAUUGGUGGCAAUGACUUCAAUCACCCACUUUUUUUGAGGAAGAGUGUUGAAGAAAUCAAGGCAUACAUACCUUUUGUGAUUAAUGAAAUCUCUUCAGCUAUAAAUGAAUUGAUUCAUCUAGGGGCUCGAACUAUGAUUGUUCCUGGAAAUUUCCCAAUUGGAUGCAAUGUCAUCUAUUUAAGAAUAUUCAAUACUACGAAUAUGAAGGAAUAUGAUGAAGCUGGUUGUCUCAAAAGGUUAAAUGAGCUUGCUCAAGAUUAUAACAAGAAACUUCGUGUAGAAAUAAAUCGACUUCAAAGGCUUUAUCCCAAUACAAAUAUCAUCUAUGCAGAUUAUUACCGUGCUGCCUUGCCAUUAUAUCAUUCUCCAAAACGAUAUGGAUUCAAAACAAUUCAAAAUUCAUGUUGUGCUGCUGGAGUUAACAAUGGAUCACGUUGUCCAAGUGCGUGUUAUGAUCCAUCCCAUUAUAUUUCUUGGGAUGGUAUACACUUGACAGAGGCAGCAUAUAACUUGAUUGCUAAAAGGAUUAUCAAAUGGACCUUAGGUUUAUUUUAAACUAAUUGCUAUUUUAUGUGCUUUAAUGAUGAGUUAGUAUCGAAUAAUAACAGUGUAGCUUUUACGAUUGUUACACUAUGUUGAACAAUAUUUUUC